AUGCCACAAUACUACCCGGCGGAGGGCGUUGGCCAAAGAACAUUUGCACAGAUCAAGGAACAGUCUCGAGGUCCGAGGCCGAAGACAUAUGUCACGGACAGUGUAAAGGUGUGGCAAAACUGGUACACCGCUUUGUUUGGGAUUGCGGAACCGAUUCCUUCGUAUAAGCUUGAGGAAACUGACUUUAGCCGCGCUAACGACCCUGCUUUCCAGGAUGACUAUCGGCAACGGCUGAAGUCGACGUUUUUACGCGUCCCCCUGAGUCAUAGGGUAAGGGUGCUUGAAUACCAUCUGAAGAGCCAACAUGAUGUAGAAUUGCGAAUUCUCAAAGAUUUCAUCGGCAAAGAGUUGAUCGAAGAAGCACACGCCGCUCGACAUCAGCCACCUUCUGCUACGAAACGGAAGGUUGGCGUCAGCAGAAAGCAACAACCGCAAGCUUCUCGUCGACGUACGUCUGGAUUGAGUACUAGCAACGACCUCGCCAAAGCAACUCCUAAAAUGUAUCAUCCAGAGCAAUCAAGACAUCAUCUGGAGCAGGACCAUGUUAUUGACUUCGUGAAGGACGAAAUAGAAGACCAACCCUGCUUAGGUCUCUUACAUCAGUCGGCCACAGAUAACCUCGUGGCAACGACCUUCGCUGGAUUUCCUGCAGACGCAUACAGUACACCAUUUGGGCGACUAGGUCAUGGAUCUGAAUUCCCUGGCUCGUUCUAUGACUCGCAACAACCGACAUUUCCCUGCGAGGACUGGACAAUGUCAGCAUCAAUGCUCGAUAACACCUUUCUACCUACGAUGACCGAUACAUUCAACACUUUACCGCAAUUCAGCCUGGAUCCAUUCAGCAUCGACCCGCAACCAUCUCUUCUAUGGGAACAUACCGACUCCAUUGAAGAACAAUCGACGGAACCCUGCAAGGUGGCUUUGCUAUCUACAGCCGACCGCAUGGCACGACUGCCACUACAGCCCAACUCGUUAUUCCAAGAUUUCGUCCCGGUUGACAGUGAAAUCUACACUCAAAGGAGAGUCUGA